GGGCGGAAGCGGCCGCCGUGUUUACAACCCGCGCUGGGGCCGGGACGCGCCGGGCCGGGCCGGGGGCACCGGCGAGAGCCCCUCGCCCAUGUGCCCGCAGCCCCCGCCGUCCAUGGAAGUGAUGGAGGGGCCCCUCAACCUGUCUUAACCUGACAGCUGCUAGACUUGAUCUUCCAGUGUAAGAUGAAACCAAAAGCAGGCAGAUGCACUCAAUUCUGAAGUCCAGUUACAGAGAACAAGCUUGUAAGGCUCACCAGCAAAGCAGAAAAGCAGACCGCUUGUUGGCAGCAGGGAAAUAUGAAGAAGCAAUUUCUUGUCACAAAAAAGCUGCUGGGUACCUCACCGAUGCCAUGAAGCUGACCCAGUCGGAGCAGGCUCAGCUAUCACUGGAAUUACAAAGGGAUAGUCAUAUGAAACAGUUACUGCUCAUCCAGGAGAGGUGGAAAAGGGCAAAGAGGGAGGAAAAGCUGAAAGCCCAGCAGAGUGCUGACAAGGAAGCAGCCGCACAUCUUCAGACUUCUUACAGGCCAUCUGCUGAAGACUCUGAUGAUCAAAACAUACUGGUUCCUGUUGCUCAGAAAUACAGCUCUUCCACAGAGAAACAUUCACAGGAUAUUCGGGGUGUCUUUGACAGGGACCCUGAUACACUUUUAUUUCUGCUUCAGAAAAAAAAGGAGCCAGUGGAAGCAUGUAUUGGGAGUAAAGCGCCAAAAGAUGACAAAACAAUAAUAGAAGAGCAGGCAACCAAAAUUGCAGAUUUGAAGCAGCUCAUAGAAUCUCUUGUAGCUGAAAAUGAGAGAUUAAGGAGAGAGAAUAAGCAGUUAAAAGCAGAAAGAGCUAGACUCCAAAAAUCUCCAGUUGACAAGGAGUUGGAUGUAGACACUGACUUUGUCGAGAAGUCAGAGUUGUGGGGUCUGCAGCAGCACUCGGAAUCUGCUUCUUCAGCUGCAACUUGGCAGAAGUUUGCAACAACUGCUGGGAAGGCAAAGGACAUUCCAAUACCCAACCUUCCCCCCCUGGACAUCCCGUCCCCGGAACUCCCGCUGCUGGAACUCUCUGAUGAUAUACUGAAAGGACUGAUGAAUAGUUAAAAACCAGGAAAAGUGCUCAGUGUAGUUACCCAAACUUGAGAAAAGGGAAAGCCACCAGGACAAUGGUGAUCUGAGGGCAGAAACAUUUACCACAAUCCUACUGUUGGAGAAAAGGCAUUAAGCAACUUUGUUACUGUGAAAUACACAUCAUAUCUGAUUUACUUCAUGGAAGUUAAAGGUACCAUAGUUGGUAUAAGAUGGUGAUCUUUUAGUCUUUCUCCCAAUGUUUCAAACCAAAUGACUGCCUGGAGAAUGUUUCAAGUAACACAAUCCUUCAGGGUUUUUAAGUAUGCUAUAUGUAAUAGUUAUCUAUAAUGCCAUAAAUGAUGGUGCAGAACCUAACUGUUAUGGUUGCCAGUUGGCUGCCACUUCAUAUUGAAAAAUGCUUUCUAGCAUGAAUUUAAACUGUGCAUUUCAUUAUGCAUAACUUUGUUAAUUCAGAUACAGUGCAAUUUAUACACCUCCUAGAUGGAUUUAUGUGCCACACUCUGUAUUCCUGACCAUGUAAACCUCAAGUCAGGAAAGAUUUUAAUUUCCAUGCUAUGAAGGAACCAACUUACUCGUUCUGUCGAUGUGGGUUUUUUUGGGGGGUUAUCUGUUUACAUAACUAAUCAGGGUGCAUUGAAUUUAGCUAUUGGUUUCUGUAUAAAGUGACAUGGUUUAAAAUGAAAAAUCUAUACUUAAGGUAAAAUACCCUUUUUGUUUUCAGUGAUGCAUGAAUGGAAGUAAUUCUAGCUGGCAGUAUUUGAUUGAAAAAGAAAUUGUUUACAGCUUAACCUGAUUCAAAAAGGAUAGGAAAAUAAAAACGAAGGUGUUUUGA